GACGACGAGUGGGACUUGGCAACGAUGCUGGAGAUCGAUCGCCUGGAGGCCUCUGCAGUGAAGGCGAGCCAGCGCCAGCAGCGAGCAGCACCAGCCGCGCAUUUGUCAGAACUCGACGAAUGGGACGUUGGCGCCUUAGGGAUGGAAGUGUCCUGCCCACAGCUGCAAAAUGCGAACCAGAACUUGGAUGCUGCUCAGGUGAAGGGACUUGAAAUUUUUUCUCAAGAAAUUUUUGAUGGGCUGCAGCAAGAAAUCGAGCGUCUUUCCGCAGAGCUUCGGCUCAAGGAUCAAGAGAUUUUGGAAGCAAAACGUCAGAGCUUACAGAAGGAGGAGCACUUGCAAGAGGCAAUAGAAGUCAUGCAACGAGAAAUCUGUGCACUCAAGAAACAGUCCGAUGCUGCAGUUGGGGAGAAACGAAAGCGAGAAAUCCUGGCUUGUCAGGUUGCAUCUUUCAAGGCCGUGGAUUCAUCAAAGCCAGGGGUUACAAACAUUGAUGACAGUUCUGCUGGCGAUACCGUGAAAAGUGGUGCUGAUGCUUCUCAGGUCUGCGAAGAUUUUCAUUCACCCUCACCUGUGAAUCUGAUGCAGGCAGGUCGCGAACCGGUUCCGUUUUCUUAUGCAGACUCCUCCGAUGUCUUGCAAAAACUCCACAGCAUAUGGCGCAUAAAACCCAGAGAAGCUGGAAGCGAACUUCUUACAAGAAUAUUUACAUCGUGUGAGAGGGACUUAUAUGCCCUUCUCCGGUCUGAAGAUACAGAGAUGGAACACUCGCUCAGGUCACAGGCAAGCGUUCAAGCGUCAGGAACUUGUGCCGGAAACCUGUGUGAGGCGCUCAAGCAGGUCAUACAGGGGCUCCGCUCCGCACAUACGUUAAUUACCCCGCUAUCUAGUUAUUUAAGCUCACAAAAUACGUUGAUAGUACGAAGUGCCUUGCGUGUAUUUCAAUGCCUGGUAGGGAACACAUGGAGUAUUUUCUAUAGGUGCUCUUUCUAUUUCCUCUUUGGAUCAUGUGUAUUGAGCUGUUUGUUCAGGCAAUCUUAUUUAGAAAGCUGUCAAACAGAAGGCAAUGGGUGGCAUAAAGAUGAUCUCUGUGGUCACGUUUUCUCCUCUCCGAGAGUUACGAGCAACCUGAAAACUUCGGCGAGCUCAAAUGAAGACGUGAGAAGAGGAAUUCCGACGGAUGAAGGGACAGCGCUUCGAUUUUUAAAUUCGACGCUGCAACUAGCCCAAAGCCAUGCUGAUACAGGAGUGAAGCAGGAAGCACUGUCGCUUGUUGUCUCAUUUGUCAUCCAUACAAAUCCUACGCAUGAAAGAUCACGGGUUGGAACUGUCCUCCUUGAAGCCGGAAUAAUUUUGUUGCUUAAGAAAAGCGUUGCUGUUUCUUCAGCUGUGCAACUUCAGGCUGUGCGAAUUGUACAUCUUCUUAUCAAUUGUCCUAGGAUUUUGGAAAUCAUUUGUAGUCCUGCAGGGCAACUUGCAAGCAUUUUCAAGGACUUGUGUGCAUGCCUAACACAAGAUGAAGAUCCCGUUCAGGACUAUUGGCUGCGGAAGUCCACCCUGCUCUCGAUAGCGUUUCUCAUGUCAGCUAAACAAGAACGUGUUCUGGCUCUGGUUCAAGAAGACGGUGCUGUUUCAAACGUGGCGAGAGAUCUUAUUUCCUUUCUGGACUUGGAGCUUAGAUACGAGGAAAUGAAGAAAAAUGGUUCCAACACCAGCGACAGGUCACCUUUGCUGCCGGAAGCAGUGGCUCUGCUUUUUCAGCUCGGCUCUCAUGCAGCAACAGCGACUUCGCUUUUAACAAAAACUCCCGAAGCGGCAACCCGAAGCUUGAGUGUGACCAACAGGCUAGUCGCCCUCGGCUCACAAUGCUGCGUUUCAAAGUCUGGUAGAAAACCAUUCGCGUCAACGUCCUCCAUGAGCGUGGUGGAAAUGGCAAAGAUCCUGAGAAGCAAGAUUCUCGCGAGCUUUAGAGAUGCUUCGGUUGUAUCAUGACAUACACUUUUAUUCACACUCACAGGUGCGUGUAUGUAUCAUAUUUAAUCACAGGCGCUUGCACAGUUUUGAGCUUAACACGAGUGGAAACAUCGAGAGGGAGUUUAGAGUGCGACAGUGGAUGAUUUUUACUUGUGCAACCUUGGCUCUUCUUCAGAACUCGCCGGGUACAGGAACAGACUAUUCGGGCCUGAAUAUACAAGUUCCUGUGUGCAUCAUUCAUCUCCUUGGCGAGUAAAGAACGGUGGUUGUCUCCGGUCUAAGCACAAGUUGUGAGCACGGGUCUCUCACAUAAGCAGGAGAUGAUGCGGUGAUGAUCAGCUGUGACACAAGAUAAUCUCCAGCACAGACAAACGACAAAGUUCGGUGGGCACUUCAUUUUACAAGGGGAGCUGUUCCGUAACGUCUUAGUCUUAAGCGCCUGCGGGAGGAUGACUGGUAUUAUUUUAAUCCGUAAGAGAAGGUGCUUCGCUGCACAUAGACAAUGGCGAGGGAACACUACUUGCAGUUUUGAUUCAGACGGGUACAUGAUAUCCGGAGAAACAAGAACAUGUUCUUGAGAGCCAUACGUAGCUAGCCAGCUGGUAGAGACUUUUGCUGGCUUUUGCUGGAUUGGAGAAGCGAGCUUUCAAUCUGGGGAGCGUCAAGCGCCGCAGAGCUUGCAAGUUUCGCGAAUGCACGGAAGAGGAGGAACCGAAAGGAACCAAAACUUCCAAGUUCCAGCC